ACCGAUGCGGUUGGUACAUUGCCCGGAAGAAUUAUUGCAGUUGCUCCGUUACCUCAAACACCAAACGAGGGAUAUAUUUGAAUUCUCCACGGAUCAGAAUAAAACCAAACGAAUAGCAACAGUCAAAGUUGCAAAACAAAGCGAGCAAAGUAAUCAGUUCGCAUUAAAAUUAAAUAUUAAUUUAGUAUGUAAUCGUUGACAUGGCUAAUAAGUUCAAUCUAAGAAGGCGUUGGAAACCACCAUUCCUUUCACAAGCUAUUGAUAUAAUUGUUUUAGCUUGUCUACUAAGUCUUGUCAAUGGUGAGGGCAGCGGCGAAGAUAUAUCCGAUUCUGUGGAAAUUAACGUAGAAAGAACACCCUUUAGUUUGGCAUUUUCUGUUGUGGAUACCGACAACUUUAAAUUGCAGAAUGUUACCUGCAGAAAUAAGAAUAAUUUGGAGAUAGUGGGCAAUGAGCAUAAUAUAUGUGAAAAUCUGGACCCUUGUUCUACAUAUUUCUCAGUGCUAUUCAUAAAAGACCUCAAGAAUGAAGAUCAACCUAUAUUGGAAAAAUCACAAGAUGAGAAAACAGAUUAUGCAGAACCAUCAACAACUAUUACGGAAAUAGUUAACUACACGGAAUCUAUAAAUAUGACAUGGAGCACCGAACAUCGAACCUGUGUCCAAAACUUUCAAAUAGAGGCUAAAUCUGCCGACAAUUCCCAAACACUGAGAUGGACUGUGACAAACGAAAUAACUUUUCUGGAAAUGGAAGGAUUGUAUCCAUGUCAGGAUUACACCAUACAAUUGAAGACGUACAACAUCAGCAACGUCCUAAUUUCAAAUAACACGAGGGCGUCUAGAACUGAGUACAAAGAACCGGGAACUGCCAAGCUUAAUGUUACCGAACACACAAAUGCGCAGACGAAAGUUUCAUGGGAGUUAGAACCGCCGACUACAUGUGUAAAAUUCUAUUAUCUGAAAUGGAAGUUGCUCGACUGUACAAUAGGCGAAACGAAUGUAAUCGAUGACUCACUUGAACCACUUACAGGCAGAAUUUCCCAAUGCGAAUGGUUCGCGAAUAUAACAGAUCCAUCGGCAAAGGACUAUGUGAUUAAUGAUCUACAAGGAUGCGAGCCCUAUGACAUAGAGCUGUAUAUAAAUCAUGUGGAUGAAGCCAAAACAAAUCAGACAUUUGUAUCCCCGGAAAAAGUUCCUGGAGUGAUUACAAUAAAUUCAACCGACACUGAGAGUACUACGGUUAAUCUCGUUUGGAAUGCGCCCUUAUUGAAUCCAAAAUGUGUAGAUUAUUAUUACGUGGACAUAAGAGGACCGGAUAAUUCGUCGUACAAUAUCUCUGGUACAGAUGCGAUUAUUGAUAGCCUGCAGCCAUGUGGACAAUAUAAUUACACUAUAAUACCACAGUCUCUCAAUGGAACUCGAGGGGCAGCCUUAAGUGACAUUUUCAAUACAAAAGAAGGAAAGCCAUCUGCGGUUAGUAAUCAAAGAGUGAAGGCGGGGCCCUUUUCACUAGAUAUAGCAUGGGAUCCUCCUACGUUUGCCGAUUUGUGCGUUACCGGUUAUCGCCUAUCGGGCUGGGACGAUGAGGACAAUGUGGUUGCUGCUUUUGAUAAGAACACCGAGAAUACCAGUAUCACCAUUGAGGGUCUGAAGGCCUGUGUCACAUAUACCGUGCAAAUAAUACCCACUACAAAGUCCAUGAAUGAUGGUGAUUUUUUACACAUUGAAUGUGAAACUCAAUCCAAGGCCUCGGAGGCACCCGAUGUAGAUGUUUUGGCCACUUAUCCAGAUCGGUUUGCUAUCAGUGCCCGAGAAUCGGAUAAAAAUAAUAAGUGUGAGACUAUUUUUGCAAGAAUUGUAUGCGAAGCACGUAUUGAUGCUCCAAUUAAGAAAGCAGAAAAAUAUGUCAAAGGUCAACUAGUAAUUCUCUUCAACACCGACAUUGGUCCUUUGUCACCUUACACAGAGUACUUUUGUAAUGCAGCCCUCUAUAACAUAGGCGGUUGGUCACCCAACAAAAUAUUUGUGAAGAAAACCGAGCCUUAUUUUCCUGAUAAACCGGAGAAUGUCCUUGUUAGAUCAAGCACCAACCAUUCCCUACAUGUGAUGUGGAGUGCGCCCAAGUAUCCCAAUGGCAACAUAAAUUUGUACAUAACCUACUUUCAACGUGUUGAAGCUGCAUACUACAUUCCUAAGGAAUGCAGCGCACCAAAUCCCGAUUUGAAGGCACAAGAGAUAUCAUUACUGGAAAUGUCCUUCAACGAAUUACAGCCUUAUACGAAAUACAGCAUUCAAGUGGCAGCUAAAAAUGAAUUUGGAAUAAGUGAAUGCACUUCGCCCACUAUGAUCACCACCAAACCAUGGAUCUCAGAUCCAGUAACAGAUCUAAGAUCAAUACCCGAAGGUCCAUCAGAUACAGAGUUGGAAUACAAGGCAAAUGUCGUGCUUACUUGGAAGUCACCGUGUAAAUCCAAUGGUGAUAUUGAUCACUUCCUAGUUAACUUCAAUGGCAUUCGCACAGGAUUUGAUGAUCACUCUUUUCAACGCAAAGUUGAACCUUAUUUCAUUGAAAAAGGUCUCAUAACUUAUAACGAAACGGAACUGAAACCGGAAUAUAGUUACUUGGCGAAUGUGUCGGUGAAAACGAAAGGUGUAGAGACUUAUAGCGAUUACACUUCGAUUGCCUUUGAAUCACCGGCGGGAAUUCCUCGAAGUAUGGACUCUGAAGCAUUGCAACAGUCGCGUGUGGAGGCCUACCAAAGUAGUAAUCCAUCAAAGAUAGCCGUUGUUAGAUUCCCAGCAGACAUACUUACAUCAGAUUAUGGCACCAUAUUGUACGUGGCAUUGCUGCUUUCGCAAAAGAACUGCAAUCAAGAGCCAGAACUGAAAUUUGGUGCCAUGGAUACGACUAUGAGUUGGCCGAACGUUAAAUCAUGGGGAGAGGUGUACGGAAACAAGAACACUGACUGCAUUGAACAAUAUCAAACAACGCCAGUGCGUUGGAAGCCAACAGAUACCAAUAGCCGAUCAUCGAAUGAAAUUGAAUUCGUCAUUGGCACUGAUGAUUGCGUGGGAACGUCAAGGAUUUGCAAUGGACCUUUGAAGCCUGACACUGAGUACGAUUUAGUCAUCCGCUUGUUUACAAAGUCCGGUUAUAACGAUGCAGCAUUAUUAGAUUUUAGAACUGAGGCUCUAAUAGAGCUGACUAUAAUUUUGGCAGGCGUCUCCAGCUGUUUAUUAUUGGCAUUCAUAGCAGGAUUCAUUUACCUAUGGAUUACCAAACGUAUUAAAUGGCAACGUGAAUCUGGUCAUGGCAUCGAGGAUUCUUUCGGUGAUAUUUCCUCCAAAAAAUUCGCCAUAUUUUACCGUGAACUUUCGAAACCCGAAAAGAUAGCUCGAGAAUUUAAAGAGCUUAAAGCUGUGGCUCUAGAUCUUAGUUAUUCGGCUUCCGAAAUGGGUUACAAUAAAAAUCGUUACGCAGAUAUUUUCCCAUAUGAUAAAAAUCGUGUGAUACUGGACAUCGAUGCUGAUGGUUCCGACUAUAUUAAUGCUUCAUUUAUUGAUGGUUAUCGAAGACGAAAAGAAUAUAUUGCAACGCAGGGUCCGAAACCUGAAAGCACCACCGAUUUUUGGCGCAUGGUCUUACAGCAUAAUGUCCGAGUUAUUGUUAUGGUAACGCAGUUUCGAGAAGGCGAUGUGACUAAAUGUCACGAAUAUUAUCCUUUCAAGUCUAAAGGCAUUAACGUCAUUGAGAAGAAAAAGGAAAGCCUUGAUCUCUAUGACCGCACCGAGCUAUCGGUGGUUCAUGAAAUGUUCGGUCUCAAACAGAGGGUGGUUCAUUUCUAUUUCAAGAAAUGGCCAGAUCAUGGCUGUCCCACCGAUCCAAUGAAUUUGAUAACAUUUGUGCGAAAAGUUAAAGCGGAGAAAAUUCCAAGUUAUUCACCCAUCGUGGUACAUUGCAGCGCUGGCGUUGGUCGUACCGGCACUUUCAUAGGCCUAGACAUUAUAAUGCAGCGACUGAAAAAUGAAUCAAAAAUUAACAUCUAUGAGACGGUAAAGAAGUUGCGUUUUCAGCGCAUGAAAAUGGUGCAGAGUCUGGUCCAAUACACUUUUCUGUAUACCUGUACUUAUGAGUUGGUCAAACACAAAGUUAGCGGCAAAAUUCUAAAAGGUGAUUCCAAACAAACGACCAUUGUCGAAAGCGACCCAGAGACCAUCGGAAAUACUUUGCGUAAUGCAAAUCAAAGCUCACGCAACGCUUCGGAUAUGAAUUCCCUUAGUAAUCACCGGCAAAAUACGAUUGAACGAUCAGUGGACUGCCAAAACAACAACGAGAGUUUUAUGUGAAAUUCUAGUAGCAGUGAAAUUAUAGACAAUUAAGACUUUUUCGUGAUAAAAUGUACAGACAUUCAUAUAUAGCCUCAACAAAAAAAGUGCAAUUUGUUUAGAUUUACACACAUAUGUAUAUAAUACAAAAUAUUUAUUCAUGCUCUAUGUUAUCAA